AUGAUACCUGAUAAAUGUUAUAUUGUCGAUUGUACUAAUAAAGAUAUUGCAUUGUCUGAUAGAUUACGACAGGAACUGAUUACCAACGGUUAUGUGAAAGUGAAAUGUGAAAACUUGGUAAAUGGAGACUGCGACAAAGCCUGCCUCGAUGUUAUCAACAAUAUAGGUGGAGUUUGUUGUUCAUAUGAUGAUGAUCCAUUAUCAUUGAUUUGGCCCGUCAAAGUACUUGAACUUGAUACACCAGAAUCAAAAUUACAAGCAUCUCAACUUGAUCGAGAACUUGUAUUACAUACUGAUUGUUCAUAUGAACAUGAUGCACCACAUUUUGUUGCUUUGUAUGUUGUUCAAUGUGAUCGAACUGAAAAUGGUGGCAAGUUUCAUAUGGUUAGUACUCAAGAAAUUAUUGAUAAAUUAUCAGUGGAAACAAAGCGUUUAUUACGUAAUGAAACUUAUAAGAUUAAUGUUCCACCAGAUUUUCGAAAAGGUGAUAUCGAUUAUAUAUAUGGCUCCAUUUUACUCAAUGGUGAUAAAAAUAUUCGAUAUAGACGAGACAUUGUUGAUAAAAAUCGAUUGAAAGAAGAAUCACCAGAAAAACAAGCAGCCAUUGCCGAGCUAAAUUCAAUAAUUUUGACUGACGACCAAUUAAAUCUUUUUCGACCAAGGCUUGACAAUAAUAUGAUGAUAUUAUUCAAUAAUCGUACUUUUCUUCAUGGUCGUACAAAAAUUCUAGAUCUUGAGCGCAAUGUACUACGUGUUCGUUUCAAUUUAGCUUGUUGA